CAAAUUCCUUUGCUAUUUUAUGCAUGAAUAUAAACAAAAAAUAAGAAUAUACAGGGUUUUCUGUACGUUUUCUUUGUGUCAACUUCAUUAGCAGCUAAUAUCCCCUGGUUAGAUUACUUUUCUGGCAAUGGUCUAGUUCCUGAAUUCUAUGCAGCCAAUACUAGUGCAACGAUGGAAGCAAUUCAAGAUUAUACAAACCAACAAUUAAGCAGAACUGAUUUUUUAAAUCACCUUUUGGAUCCAUCUUCGUGUUCUUCAAGUAAUAGUGCAAAUAUGCUGUCUAGAUUUACUGCUGUAAUUUUUGAAAACUUCAUGGGAACUGGGUCAAAUGAUAUUCAAGGCCCUUUAGCUGUUGGUGGUGAAUUUAUAAUAACACAAUAUUCAGUAAAUACUCGCUUUAGUAGCGACUGUUCUAGUUCACAUUUAGGUUAUAGUAAUAUUGGUCUUGUUGUGAGGGGUAACAGUUUUGCAACGGCUGUUCGAGUCAGUGGUGAUGUCUUUAUAUCUAAUAGAACUAAUGCUAAUUUUUUUAUCGAAACCAAUGCUGCAUGCUCAAUAUAUAAUGAUAGAGGAACUGGUAAUGUUGAUUUAGAUAAUUUCAGAGAUAAUGCUAUUUUUGCAUCACAAACAUUUUCAGCAUAUAAGCCUACGCUUUAUCUUGACGAGAAUAAUGUACUUCAUCGUAUUGCAGAACCUACUACAGGCUAUGAUGUGAUUACUUUUAAUACAUGUAAUAAUGGAAACUGUGGGAACUCAUUAAAUCAGUUUUCGUCUCCAAACUCUAUUUUCUAUGGACAAAGCGCUUGGAAUGGUCCUCAAGGCAUGGAUUGGCCAUCCAGAUUAAUCAUUAAUAUCCCCGUUGAUGUUGGUGGCUCAGUUACAUUUUCGGCAAACUUGAGUAAUUUAGGAAUGAAUGCCUGCAAUACCAUUAUUAAUCUGUAUCCUUCUGAUCAGAAUGGAGUACAAACAGAUGGCAGCUUUACUGCUUAUCGCGAUACAACAGGUCCAUUUGGAGGGUUUAUUCUCAUGCCAGAAGGAAGUGUUGUUGAAGGAUCACAGGGGUCUUUUGCAGGACAAUUAAUUGCAAAUAAUUAUAGAACGUUCUAUACUGAUGGUGUGAUUAAUGAUUAUUCAGCCCUUGGCGGUGCGUGUCAAGUCUUUGAAAAUCGUCAACCUUGUUCAGUUGUAUCCACUACUUCUUCCUCAAUUUCCAGUACAACUACUUCUUCUAGCUCAUCCAGCUCUUCUAGCUCAUCCAGUUCUUCUAGCUCAUCCAGUUCUUCUAGCUUGUCUAGUUCUUCUAGCUCGUCUAGCUCAUCAAGCCCUUCUAGUUCCUCUAGUUUAUCAAGUUCAUCUAGCUCAGCUAUUUCGUCCAGUUCCUCUAGUUUACCUAUCUCAACUAGUUCGUCUAGCUCAUCAAGUUCAACACAGUUUAGUAGUUCAAGCAGUUUGAUUAGUAGUAGUAGUAGUAGUAGUAGUAGUACCACGAUCAGCAGUAGUUCGAGCAGUACACCUACUUCAGCAAGUACAAGAAGCCAUGGAGUUAAAACUUCUUCAGUUACUUAUCCAACCCAAACCCAGAAAUUCUGUACAGAUACCUUAACAGAACAUCAUCAUCACGAAACCACCAUUAACUAUACAUGUAAUAAAGGCCAUAAGCAUCAUGAAGUCCUUCUUUAUUGUGAAUAUGACGAUCAUCACCAUCAUAAACAGAUGAAGAAAGCAGAUAAAGAUGAGGAUGAGGAUGAAGAAGAUGAAGAUGAAGAUGAAGAUGAAGAUGAAGAUGAAGAAUGGGAUGGUGGCUGUAUUGAAGACCAUAAGCAAGAGGCUCGUACAUGCAGUUAUAUGGAUGGAAAAUAG